AUGAGUCUCACCGCAGCUCCACUAGAGGAAGGUCUGGCUUUUGAUACUGGGCCAGAAAGUGCGCACGCUGUGCAGGAUUACGCGCUUGCACACCACAAGUCUGUUUGUGUCGAGCGCGCUAGCGGAUCGGAUCGGCGGAUGGCGUGUUCAUCCGAGGCGCCAUGUGGCUUUUUCGUCCAAAUCUAUCGGCAGCGCAUGGCAGACAGAAGAACGUAUGGAAAAUGGUAUAUUGCAUCGCUGAAUCUGACGCACUCGGAGGGCUGCACUUCGGUGCGUCGUCUCUCUACACGGCAAAUUGCGGGACUACCAGCCUUCGUGCAGGCUGUGCAGACAAACCCUAAAGCCUCAAUUGAGUCUCUGAUGGCGUUGGUGCUGCAGCGCCACGGCGUAUCGUUAGAGAAACAUCUUCGCCUGGUUUACAGAGCCAGAGAUUUGGUACGAAGUGGGAAAGUUGUUAAAAGUCAUUUAUUGUCCAGUCAAGACGAACCAUUGCCGGAAAGACAAUUUGUACGUUGUCGCGCGAUGAGCAAAAAGGGAUUGCCUGAUCCGAAUAUGCUUAAAAGUGCAGGUAGAAUGAUGUGGACAAACAUUCUUAUUGAGUCGCUUUUGAUUCAACGACUUGUAAAGUAUCGGCGACAAUUUGAUGAGACUGUAGAGCAGUCGCGGCAUCGCGAGCUUUGGAAAAAUAUCGAAAAUGAGUUCAAUGCAAUGCAUGACGAGACAGUCACGGUGUUGCAAUUGCGUUCCAAAUUCAAAUAUUUACAGGAUCAAUAUCUGAAAAUUCGUGCAGAAGAAGAGGCUACACAUGACAGCAAUAAACUGGUGAUAUAUCCGCACUAUUGGGACCUACUAGCCGAGUACUUUGGCGAUGAAGUGUCACAUCACAGCCAAAGUGUGGACGAAGAUAACGAGAACAUUGCGCUGACAGAAAUGAAUGGUGGUGAAACACCAAAUUUGAUGAAUGAGUUAGAUACUCAGCGAUCUGGACAGCUUGGCCCGUAUGUGCCCCCUUCUAAUGAAAACACUCAAAUUCAACCUUCACUUUAUCCAAUUCCUACUCAAACAGUUUCUCAAACCCAAUUUCCAGUCACUGAACUAGAAACGAUGACUGAUGGGCCAACAAAGAGAAGAAAGGUCAACACUUCGAUAGAUCUCCCUUCUCCCACAAUUGGUAUUCUCAAAGAAGUGUCACAAUCGCUAAAAACAUUUCAAAGCGUGCAGCGCAACAUAGCCCAAUCAGUGGAAGAUAUGAAACAAGUGCUUGAGCAAUCAAACGAGGCUAUCCGCGGCCUACAUCAUGCGUUGAACCAGUCUAUCCAAGUAAAUGCUGCCCUACUAGACUUCCUUAAGCGGCAAUCAUCUACAUAG